AUGACUGCACUCGAGGAAGCACUCACACAAGAUGAGUGGGAAGAGAUAUUGAACUCUAAACUGGGAGUGUUCUUGAAGUUCAGUCAGCUGGAUUUCGACUGGGCAUCUAGACUGGUGCAUUACAUUCUUGGCAUGCAACUAGUUUGCAAGAAAAAAUUUGAGAUUUGGAGCCUCGUAGGUCUAAUCCCGAUUCGCUUUUUUUUGAAUGAGUUCGAACAUAUUACUGGCUUGAAUUGCGAGUACGUGGACAACCUCGAGGAUCCGGUGGUUGAGAUAACUGAGGAGAUGCAAGAUUUCUGGGAGCGAUUGGGAGUCAAUCAGGAUUUGGGCCCGAGCACUGAAGAUUUGAUAGAAGCUUCUACUCGGGCUAGGUUGGCAAGGCUUGUGAUGGAUUUAGAUGCGUUUGAAAACUACCCUUGGGGAAGAGUGGCCUUCAAAAACCUGAUGCGGUCGGUGAAGGAGAAAGAAAUUUGGAAGUCGUCGUACACCAUUGAGGGGUUUGUUCAAGUACUACAAGUCUGGGUUUACUUUGCUCUUCCCGACUUUGCUGCUAAAUUUGGUGAACCACUUCCAAACGACCCCAUUGUACCGCUGAUAGCUUACAAGGGAUCCAGGGGGAGGAAAUUUAUGAAAGAGAAUAUGCUCCGACAGACACGCAUUAACAACUACGUUGUUAAGGAAUUCUUCGACAUGUUUCCGCACUGGGAAGUUGAAGACAAUGAUGAAGAAAACGAGAGGACUGACAACAUCAUCAAAGCGAUGUAUGGUCAUUUUGGCCCUAAACAAUGGACAUGGGAAAGGAGUCAUUGGCCUCCAACAGGUGUGACCAAGUAUGUCAAGUCCGAAGGGUCUGUUGAUCUGAAGAGGCGAUCGGAAUCAGUUGGUGAUCAAGGAAGUCGGAAGUGGUUCUGCCCAGCCUCUGGUGAGGAAGAUGAGUCAAUGGUCACGAUUCUGAAGGACCACAUGGACGACUGCUUCAACAAGAUGAUGGAUGGGUUGAGUAGUUGUGAAUCACAGAUCAAACUACUCAACACAAAGUUGGGAACGGUGGAGCAGAAAUUAGAGGCAGUGAUCCUCCAAGCUGGGACCGGAGGUACAAAGGAGGAUGUGGCUCAGACUGGUGAAGCAGCCGCCGAGGACGCAAAACCUGUUGGCAACGAUCAAACGGACGCGGACGCCGAUCCUAAUAUCGGGAGUAAUUUUAUGUCUAAGCAAAAUGAACAAACUGAUGUCCCAAGUGAGAGCGUGAACGAUGGUAAGCAGAGAACUCCAGAGCCAAGCGUCGUUAUGGUUGAUCCAGCAAAAUGCGACAUCGACUUCGAUCAGGUCCAGAAAGAUAAACACGAGAAAGGCAAGAAGGCGGCACAACUGGUUGCUCGUGCGAAGAGUGAACGUCUGAGAAAGAACUAUCCGAAGCGGGUAAAAUGGUCAUCCGUGGACUGGUACUUCAUCCUAAGAGUCCCAAAACAAUGGCUAGCAGACACUCACAUGGAAGCUAGGAUUAACCUACUCAGGCUGCGAUUUACAAAGCAUCCUGAGUGGUUUAGGUCGGACAGGAUAACAUUCCUCAACUCUUACUUUGCAACGAUGUGGAGGCACAAGUACAAGGAGUUCGUGGACUCUCACGCCAACCCUGAUGGUUCAGGCAAGCUCCUUCCAGUUAGCUCGUUUGAGUACUACACUGGCGCAGCGCCAACCUACUGCGUUAGGGUAUGA